UUGAAAAAAUCAUCCGAUGCGUCCCUUCUUCCCAUCCUCAACGCCAUGGAGCUUUUUGAACUCAGGACAGGACUCGCUGAUGCAACGAAUAAAAAUGAUGCGGACGCGUUGGAGGUGUUGCGGGGUCGAUAUCAACAACUUCAAUUGUGGACAGGUGAUCCAUGUCUUCCCCCAGGGUUCAAUUGGGAGUGGCUCGAAUGCAAUGCUGACAAACCACCACGCGUCACUGAACUGCAUCUUAACGGGUCAGGCUUGAACGGCACACUUGUAGACUUCAGCGGCUUGAAUGCCCUUCAGAUAAUUGAUCUAAGUAACAACAGCUUGAGUGGGAAGAUUCCAGACUUCUGGGGAGCAUUUCGUAACUUGAAAGAGUUGAACCUGGCAAACAAUAACUUCAGUGGACCCCUACCGACAUCUUUGGUGGGCAAUACAAAAAUAAAACUAAAUAUAAAUGGAAACAACAUUACUGAAGACAACACAAAUGAUGGACUAAAUGUGAAGCCGAUCAUCAUUGCAGUAUCAGUCAGCUCAGUUAUCAUAUUUCUGUUGCUAGUUGGUUGGGUUGUGUAUGCAUGCCUUCGAAGCCAACGUUGCAGGGCACCACCUAAAGUUAUUAUCGAAAAUAAUUUAGAGAUUCCUGUGAGGCAACAGGCUGGUCAUAUUCAGCAGGGAGCAAAUCACGCGUUCACCUAUGAAGAGAUUGUGAAGAUCACAUGCAACUUUCAAACCUUGAUUGGAAAGGGAGGAUCUGGUUCUGUUUAUUAUGGCUGCAUUGGUAAUGGCAAUGAAGUUGCAGUCAAGGUAUUGAAAGAUUUGCAGGAACGAAGAACUAAAGAAUUUGUUGCAGAGGUCAAGUUUUUAAUGACAGUGCAUCACAAGAACCUAGUUUCAUUUGUUGGAUUUUGUGAGGAAGACGUUAAUAUGAUUAUACUCUAUGAGUACAUGCAAAAUGGAAGCUUGACAGACUUAUUGUCAGGAAAGAAAACCACUGUAGGACCCUUAACGUGGAAGAGGCAGCUCCAAAUAGCUUUGGAUAUUGCAACAGGUUUGGAGUACAUACACUCUGGUUGCUGACUAGCCAUCAUCCACAGAGACAUAAAAAGCACAAACAUCAUUUUGAAUGACCGACUUGAAGCCAAAUUAGCUGACUUUGGAAUUUCCAAGGCCGAUGAGAAGACCCAAAUCUCAACGGUCAUUGCUGGCAUCCCUGGAUAUAUUGAUCCUGAGUACAGGGAUUCUCACUAAGAAGAGUGAUGUUUAUAGCUUUGGUGUGGUUCUUUUUGAGCUUAUGAGUGGCCAUGCAGCUACAUUUAGCACAUUCGAGCAAUCUUUUCAUAUUGUUCAAUGGGCAACAUCGAAGAUUGCUAAGGGUGAUGUGGAGAGUACUAUUGACCCAAGGAUCAAAGGGCAAUACAAAAUGAAUUCUAUGUGGAAGGUUGCAGAAACAGCAUUAGCAUGCACUGCACGGAGUUCCAAAGAGCGACCAUACAUGUAUAAUAUUUUGAAUGACUUGAAUCAAGCAAUGAAAAUGGAGAUGGAGACUAGCGACCAAGCAUACGAUAUUUUGAUGACGGAAGUGACAACUACUUCAAUGUUUUCUGAUAGUGUUGAAGAAGAAGAAGAGGAGGAGAAGGAGGAAGAUGAUACACACAUGAAAGAUACCAAAAUACUUUUUAAUGUGACUCAAUCAUGAGAUUUGCAUUUAU